AAGACUACCAUCACUGAGAAGUACUGAUUGAGACACCUUCAGCUUUGAGUUGGAAUACCUCAUUUAAGGAGUGAACAUGUCUGGAUCUCUCAAUGAUGCAUACAUUCUUGUGGAAUAUGCCUUUGAAUACAAAGCUAAGGAUGGGAGAUCUAUUUCUAUCCUGCCAAAUGAAAGAUAUCGACUUGUGGAGAAGACAAACAAUCACUGGUGGCAGGUACAGAAAGAUGAACAUAGCAGACCAUUUUAUAUUCCAGCAAAAUAUGUCAGGGAGCUGUUGUCUAUUCCUCAGCUUGUCAAUGGGUUUGAAGAGCUUCAGGAAAUGGAUGAACAAAGACAUUUUCACUAUAAAGGUAGUUUAGAGUUUUUGAACCAGAAAAAUGAUAGUUCCCAGGUGAUGCAAAACGUUUGUCAUACCAUGUCAACCUUUGGCAUCAAAGAUGAAAAUAGUGCUGCAAAUUGUUGUGGGUCUGCACCUGACUUGCAACAAAUCAGUAUAGAAACCAAUAAGGCAGGAGAACUCUCUUCUGUAAUUCAAGACAAUAGCUUGAUAUCACUGAGAAAACAGAAAAGGUCUUCUGGAAACUGUCCAGCCACAUUGGCAAGAUUUGAAAGUCCACAAAGGCAGUCUGAUCGAAACAGAAUAAGCUACACCCCAGGAAUGAGUCCUGCAAACUGGCUCAAUUCAGUGGACAGCAUUAGGCCUUCCUACUCGCUAGGUGACUUACAGCGGCUGGAAAAGAGAGCCAGCUUUCAUCAAGAGAUUCUGUCUUGUAAGCGAAAUGCCAGGACAGAAUCCUUCAGUCAUCCACGGUACAGUACGGCCAGCGAUUCUGAGAAUAUCUAUGAAACCAUUCCUGAUGUGAUCGAGCAGCGGGAGCAGCUGCCAGGAAGACCCACUGCAGCUCCCCCGAGGCAAAAGGGAAAGUGCACACCUUCUCAGUCAUUUGACAACGAACAGCAAGAUUCUGCCAUUUAUGUCAACGUACACGUGAGAUCAAAACCAUCACUUCCUGAAUUCUUUCCAGAGGAGGCUUCGGUAACUUCUGAGGAAUGGGAGACCCAUACAGACCAAGAGAGUGGACAGGUAUUUUACUAUAACCCCACAACUGGUGAGACAACUUGGGACUGUCCAUUUGAUACAGCCAAGAGCAGUCUGAGUUCACUGAGCUCCCCGUUUCCAUCUCCCACUCUGCAUGACAGCCAGCUAGAAUGGGAAACGGUGUUUGACACAGACACUGGUCAUCCAUAUUACUAUAACCCCAGUACUGGUGAAACUUCGUGGGAACCUCCUCUUCAGGGUAACGAUUGCGAACCGCAUGCUGCCAUGGUGCCUGUAUUUUCCAAGCCUCCAAACCUGAGGCCGCCUACUCCAGAGACAGAUUAUCCAGAAGUUUCUGUAGAUGAUGCUGUUAAUUACCCAGCGGAGGACUAUUCCCCAACAUGGUCACAUGACGACUUUACCUACUCUCAAGUUUCACAGCUAUCUCCAAGGAGUGUUGAUGGUCCUCAAACACCCCCAGGAUGGAUCUGCAAAAAAGACGAUGAUGGGCAACUGUUAUAUACGAGUAAUUACACAAGUGAAAAGUGGAUCAAAUAUGAAGAUGCAAGUGGACAGCCAUACUUCUGCUCCUUAGAUAGAACCAAAUCACAGUGGGAGCUUCCAGAGGUACAUCCCUCAUAUCCAAAAAGGCCAGUAAGUGACCCAGAAGCAAGUAAUGCUGUCUUCAAAAACUGGCGGCUAGGUAUGCCAAACUCCCUGUCUCCCACAGAAUCUGAGUCAAAGGCAUUUUUUCCUACCCACAGGCGAGUGGGUUCCGAUUUCAGCAAUGACUCCAACUCAGGGUUUGACAGCGACUUCCAGCAGCAUGAGUCUCCUCCUUUCAACAGGAGGAACGCUGUGGAUUUCAGCGUAGAACAAGCCAGUGGGAUAGAUAUCCAUUUCCCACCUUCUCGUGUUCUUAAUCUAGAGAAAGCUGGACUUCUUCAGAAGACAAAAAUAUGUGAAAAUGGAAAGAGGCUGAGGAAGAACUGGAGCACAUCAUGGACAGUGCUCGAAGGUCAGAUUCUGACAUUUUACAAAGACGGUAAAAGCCAGCCAUCAGGUACUAUGAGACAAGCAACCAGCCAGAUGUCUGCUGAGCACACACUGGAGUUACGAGGCGCUGUUAUUAAUUCAGCAAUAAAGGAGAAAACUAGCAAGAAAAAUGUGCUGGAAUUAAAAACACGAGAUGGGGACGAGUAUCUUAUCCAUCAUGAUAAAGAAAACAUUCUAGAAGACUGGUACCAAGCAAUAACCGCAAGUAUCAGGAAACAGGCAGCAAGUGAACCGGAUGAAAACCACAAGAAUGAACAAAAGUCUGUGACUGUGGAUAAGACACCCAGCACUCUGGUUACCUUGAGAGACAAAGACGACAAGGACAAGAAAGGCACCAGAACUUCUCGUCUUCUCAGUAUGUCCAGUACAAACCAAGAGAAUGACCCCAAGAAAGUCCGAAGUAAGCUAAGGAAACUUCUUAUGAGAAGGCCAACUCUUCAGUCAGUGAAAGAAAAAGGGUAUAUUAAAGACCAAGUCUUUGGCUGCCAUUUGGAUGUGCUGUGUAAAAGAGAGAAAAGCACAGUUCCACUCUUUGUAGAGCAGUGUAUCCAGGCUGUAGAAAAACGAGGUCUAGACAUUGAUGGACUUUAUCGUGUCAGUGGGAAUCUAGCAGUUAUACAGAAACUGCGAUUUAAAGUUGAUCAUGAGGAGAAUUUGGACUUGGAUGAUGGACAGUGGGAAGAUGUCCAUAUUUUAACUGGAGCACUAAAGCUGUUCUUUCGAGAGCUGCCAGAGCCGUUGUUUCCAUUCAGCAACUUUCAGCAGUUUAUCACAGCCAUAAAAACCACUGACACUUACAAUCGUAAGAUCUACAUGAGAGACUUGGUGCAUUCCCUCCCUCUGCCAAAUCAAGAUACAAUGAAACUUCUUUUUGGGCAUUUACGAAGGGUGAUUGAAUAUCAUGAUAAGAAUCGCAUGUCCGUAAAAAGUCUUGCAAUUGUUUUUGGGCCAACUCUGCUGAAACCAGAGGAUGAGGGUGCAAAUAUUGCGUUGUACACAAUUGUGCAGAGUCAGAUCGUGGAGCACAUUCUUAAUGAGUAUGAGCAGAUAUUUCUGGAAAGCUGACUUGACUCAUGAACUUCCAAUUGGAAAACAAAUGUGAAAAUAUCAAGACUGUUUAUAAUUGCAGUUGAUAUAUAUAGAGAUAUCAAAGUGUAUAUAUUAUAUAUAUAUAUAUAUAUAUAAUUUUUUUUUGAUUUUGCAGAGCAGUGAAAGCGCUGGCACGCUGGAUAAUGCUUUGUUUUAUGUAUGCACUGAAUACAUGUGGAAGGCAUGUUGACACAUUUUUUUUCACCAAAGCCAAAUAAAUGUUUCAGACAACAUAUUCCUUAUGUUGCAAACCUAGGUUGCAAAUAUCUUCAUUCUAAACUUUUAUUCCCCUAAUAUUUUGGAUGCAGGUGACAUCUGCCAAGAAAAACUGAUGUAUACAUAAUGAAGCCAACCACACAGCAGUGUGACCCAUUCUGUGCUUUUAAAUGAAAAAGAGAAAAAAGGAAAAGUGAACAUGUUAAAUGUUAUUAGCAGCUCUUGCUAUAUUAUGGCUUGGAGGACAAAUCCUAAUUUGCUUCUGUCAGUUACUUUUAUGAUCAGUUGAAUAGUAUCCGGACUGCAUUUAUCUGAAAUUUUUUUUUUCUUUCUGACAAAAUGUUGCACAUUGGCUUCCGAUAUGGAAAUGUGUGUCAUUUGCACUGUAAUUGAUCACUGGACUUAUUUUGUGUUACUGCUGUAAAUAUUUUUGUAAUAUUGUUGACACAAAAGUUAUUGCAAGUUAAUGGGGCUGUGCAGUUCCCAAGAUUGUCCUGUAGGCAUACAUAAAUCCAGUGCACCCUAGUAAUACUUGCUGUUUUUUUCAUGAUUUAAGAAUUAAACAAAGCUGUAUACUAGAACAGAGCAGUAUGUUAGCCCAAGAUCCUACCAGAAAGGUAGGUGAUGCUAUGAAAAUGCUCAGUUUGAGAAUUAAUAACCUUAUUUUACAGUGCCUUUCUUGUAAGAUGUGUUAAUCAUGUUGUAGAGUAUUGCCAUAAGUGUGAACAAAAAUGCUAAAUAUGUAUAUAAAAGAUAUAUACCUUUACCAAAUGUUUCAGAAGUAAUAAAAAAGCUAAACUAUUUCUAAAAUGAAGAAUGAAUGAAUGAA